CCCGGUCACACUAGAAUAGAAGCAAGCAACGACCAAAAUGCAUAUGCUACUACUCCCUCUGUUGUUGACCUUCCUUAACCUCUCCCAAGCUCAACCACCCUCCGAUGCACCACUCUCAUCCACCGUCUGCAUCAUCGGAGCCGGCAUCGGCGGCUCCUCCGUCGCCCAUUUCAUCCGCAAAUACUCUCCCGACCUCACUCCAACCACCAAAAUCCGAGUAUUUGAACGCAACACCAUCGUCGGUGGCCGCAUAGCCACCGUCAAUGUCGCAGGAGAAACAUUCGAAGCUGGAGCUUCCAUUCUUCAUCCGAAGAAUCUUCACGCUGUCAAUUACACAAAGCUUCUCAACCUUAAGGCCAGAGAGCCUAGUUCGGGAUUCUCUCUUGCCAUUUGGGAUGGAAACAAGUUCGUUUUCAAAACGAUUGAAAUCAGUUCCAAUCUUCCCCUUUUCGAUAAGCUUCUUAAACUUCCUUUUAUUGAGAAUCUCGUUUCGCUCGUCAAUUCGGGACUCAUGUUCGUUCGUUAUGGAUUCUCGCUUUUUAAGAUGCAGAACUUUGUUCAGAGUGCUGUGGGUAGCUUCUCGAAGUACUACGAGGAUACUGGUUCAAGACCUAUUUUUGAGACUGUGGAUGAGAUGUUGAAAUGGGCUGGACUGUUUAAUCUUACUACCAGGACUUUACAAGAUGAAUUGGUUGAUGCUGGGUUGUCUCCCCUGUUGAUCAAUGAACUUGUCACGGUCAUUACACGUAUUAAUUAUGGUCAGAGUGUCUACAUGAGUGGGUUGGGAGGUGCAGUUUCGCUGGCAGGAUCAGGUGGAGGAUUGUGGUCCAUUGAGGGGGGCAACCGGCAAAUGGCUGUUGGGCUGAUUGAUCGGUCGGAUGUUGCAUUACAUCUGAAUGAAGGAAUAAAAUCUGUUGCUGACCUUGGAGAUCAUUAUGAACUCAACUCAACAAAAGGAAACAAUUACAUAUGUGAAGUUGCUGUGGUUGCCACACCAUUGGAUGAGAUAAAUAUUCAAUUUAUUCCCCCAAUUUCAAUUCCGGAGAGAAAAUUACAGCACACACAUGCAACUUUUGUCAGGGGCCUUCUAAACCCUGUAUAUUUCGGUCUGAAGGCUACAGCAAAAAUUCCAGAUCUUGUGGCCACAUUGGAGGACCCUGAACUUCCAUUUACAAGCAUUUCAGUUCUCAAGAAGCACAAUGAAGAAGAAUCAACUUAUAAAAUAUUCUCUCGUAAACCAAUGGCAGACACAUUACUUAAUAGCAUUUUCAGUGUGAGGAAGGAGACAAUUCGGAUAGACUGGGCUGCCUACCCUCAGUAUCACGCCCCAGAAAUAUUUGCACCGUUUAUAUUGGAUGGUCGAAAUCUGUACUAUGUUAAUGCGUUCGAAAAUGCGGCUAGCACCAUGGAGACAAGUGCUGUGUCAGCUGAGAAUAUUGCCCGACUCAUACUCUCAAGAUAUUUUGGCAAAGUAAGUGUGCAUUCAUCUAAUUUAAAGGCUAGUUCUCAAGAAGAAGAUGCUCAUUUAGAACUGUGAUACAGUAGUUGUAAGAUUUUGUUUAUAUGCAUUUGGAAAUACGGGAAAGUAAAUGAAGCAAUUAUUGGUCAACAGGAGGUUAAUCCCUAGCCUACUGGUGGAGAAACAACAAUGUGCAAAACACAGGACAAUACUGCAAAUACGACACAAUAAAUACUUACUCUCCCCAGUCCAUCCCUUUGUAUUAUUAUGUUACUUAAUUAGUGUGUUUCAUUGUUGAGAUUGAAACUUCUAGUGUUUGCAAUUUCAGGCGAGGAUUUAGUUGUAUUUGUGCCGCUUCAUAGAUCACUUCGAUUAACAGGCCGAGGUAUAAAUAUGUAACAUUCGACUGGUGCAGUAUUUUACUAGACUGUAUGUAAUAAAAUUAUUUGCGGUGUUCUAUUCUGUGAACUUAAUACAAAAAACCAUAUUACCACCUA